GAAAAUUCGAAAGAAAAUCAUAAGUUUUUAAAAAUAACAACAUGCUAUCGCUAAACUCAAAUAUAUUUAAACAUAUAGUGAAUAGAACGUCAUGUCUGUUCUAUGCUUCAACAGCAGCAAAAAAGAUAAAGACUAAAGAAAAGAGAGAGCCGUUAAUCACCUGUAAAAAUAAUAAAUUAAACCUUUAUUUGAAUGAUACAAAGCAAAUAGAUCAAAAUGAAAUAGUAUUAGCAUCAAAAGGAUGGCAACAUUAUAAAGCUAAGGGCGAUUAUUUUAUCAUACAUCAAAAAAAGGAUGCUUCAGAUAUCUUAAAAGAUGCCCCAGAGUAUAAAUCAUUAGGUUUAAAUCCAGUUUUAGUGAAAAAUUUGGAUGAGAAACAUGACAUCACUAAAGCUACAAAGUUACAGCAAGAAGCGAUAAAAGAAAUCCUCGACAAUCAACAUGUAUUGAUUGCUGCUGAAACUGGAUGUGGGAAGACUCACGCAUUUCUAGUUCCAUUAAUUGAGAGAUUAAUUAAGGAAAAGCAGCAACAUGCUGAAAGAAAGUUUAACUCACCACUUGCAAUAAUCUUAACACCAUCAAGAGAAUUAGCAGAGCAAAUUGCUCGAAUGGCUGAAGAUUUGUCGGAUGGACUAGACUUGAAUGUUAAAGUGCUUGUUGGUGGAAGUACAAAGAGGAAGAUGAUGGAUCCAUCAUUUGAGGAUGUAGAUAUAUUAAUAGGCAGCAUAGGUGCAAUAAGUAAAUUAACAACAACUGGAAUCUACAGAAUUGAUGAUAUAAAGUUUGUUGUAUUAGACGAAAGUGACACACUUUUAGAUGAUAGCUUUCACGAGAAGAUUACUUAUUAUGUUCGAAAGUUUCCAUUUCAUUUGAAUACCCAACUUGUUCUCGUAUCAGCCACAAUGCCAACAAGCAUAGAUGACGUUUUCCAAUCGAUUAUUAAUACAGAAGGCUUAAAGAAAGUUGUUGGAGAUGAUUUACAUAAAAUACUUCCAUAUAUCACUCAGCAAUUCAUUCGAAUGAACAAGACUGGACGUCCUGAGCAAUUAUUACGAAUAGCUAAAUCGGAAGUGAACAACAAACGACCAUUAAUUGUUUUUUCCAACAAGACAGCAACUUGUGACUAUAUAUCAAUCUUUCUCAACAAUAAUGGAAUCAAUUGCAUUAAUGUAAAUGGAGAUAUGCUACAUAAAAUUAGAACUGGUCGUUUAGAUGCCUUCCAAAAUGGAGAAGUUAAUGUCUUAUCAACGACCGAUUGUCUUGGACGAGGAAUUAACACAAUGCGUGCUCGUCAUAUUGUAAAUUUUGAUUUUCCUCUUUACAUCUCUGACUAUAUUCAUCGUUGUGGACGAAUUGGACGAUUAGGUGGAAUCAACAACAAUUGUUUAGUGACCAAUUUUAUAUCAUCACUUUUGGAACUAGAUUUGGUGAGGAAAAUUGAACUUUCAGCACGUACUAAUUUUGAAUUACAGAAUGUUGAUGCGAAUAUCGGAAAAAUCCUUCGGACAAGAAUAGAAAAGGAAAUAGAAAAGUACGAAAAUAAUAUGAUUAAGAGUCAUGCACGAUAAAUUUGUAUUGUGUGUGUUUGUAGUGUCCGGCAAAAUAAAGCAUUUUAUUGAAAUGAUAAGUUUUUCAUUUGCAUAUUGAAUUUACGUGUUUUGUAA